AUGACAAUAGACCGUACAGGCAAUGAUAAUGAUGCUCUUGACGACGAGAAGUUCAAUACGGGGUCGGAUAAGGUAUAUCAAAAUUACAUGAUGCCAGGAUUGGAACUUUUCGACGCAAAAGUAACCAUUAACCAUUGGCAACUGCGAGAUUGUGUAAAGCAUUCUACUAGUAAACCAGGCAAAAUUUACUACGUUUAUGAUCAUUCAAUAAGGGAACUGAAUAUGAAUCCUAGGUAUAUGAAGCACCUUGGAAAUUCAAGUCUUAUAAAGAAGAAAUUAAGAAGAAACAGUACAAAUACAACUACUAAAGAUAAAAAAUAUUUAUCUUCAAAUAGAUUGAUUUCAGAGUUCAACACCCCUUCUAAUUGCGUUGUUGAUUUUAAUUUCAAGCCAAGGUGUUUUACUGAAUCAAAUGGCUUAAUUGCAUGCGGCGGACUAAUUGGUCCUGAUGACAAGGGCUUUCCUACCAACUGGAGUCGACUUUCUCAUGAAGUUAACAAUGGUGUACAGCUGCCGCCUCCUGCCUCACCAAUAAAGUUGUCUAAUAGUUCAGUUUUGCAGGAUCAUUCAAACUAUAGCAACCAAAACCUAUGGAAAGGCAUCUUAUCAAUCCAUAAUACUGAAACAGGAGUUUCUCAAUCCUUAAUUAUGGGUCAAUUUAUAAAUAAUUGUGUCACAAUGCAUUCAAAAGGAAAUCAAGAAGUUGAUCUGUAUUCUUGUAACAACGAUAAUCACAUGUACCAAUGCAACAUAAGUAACAGAGGUGUAGAAUUGGUAAGAAGAUAUUCAGAUUUGAAAUUUGCGUUAAACAACGUAGCGUUAUCAAACGAUGCCAGUUUAAUGGUUAUUUCUGGUGAUUCGAAUAAGUUUGCCUUAUAUAGAAAAAAUGAAAUAGACGGUCAAUUUUCCUUAUCUUAUGACACUCAACCACAAUGGGGGAAUUCUACUGCAAGAGUAGAAAGAAUUCCAAGAUUUGCAUUACCAGAUAAUACAUCUGCAGUAGACCAUAUUUAUGAAGCUCCAAAUUCUGAUCAUGGUUUUUAUAGCAGCUUCUCAGAAAAUGACUUACAGUUUGCAACUUUAUUUCAGAAUGGUGUAUGUCUUUUAUAUGAUGUGCGAAAAAUGUCAAGUCCACUAGCUGAAAUAAACUCAACAAGACCAUACUCUCAUAGCGGAGCUUUUAGAGUUUGUAAAUUUAGCUAUGGCCUGGAUGACUUAUUAUUUAUUUCGGAACAUCAAGGCAGAGUUCAUGUUAUUGAUACAAGAAAUUUUACUAACCAUCAAGUAAUAAUGAUACCAGAUAAGUUUAAAGAGGAUAAUAUAAGGAAACAUAACAUUGAUACUGAUAUUAGCACAGAUAUUAGGCGAAAUACAGCUAACAUAUCAUCUGUUACCGGAAUAACUUCACCAUUAUCGACUCCUUCUUCGUCAGCUUUAAGUUUUGCUUCUUCAUUAAGGAGAAGAUAUUCCUUUCCUACUCCCACCCCAGUUGAUAACACAGAUAAUUGUAUUACGUCAGCUAGAAGUGUUCCAUUGAAAUAUCUUGAACCUAGAAUAAUGCCAUACCCUAAAAUUGCAAAUAGAUCUACAAAUGAGUAUAACAAUACUCAGUAUAGAGGGUUAUUAUUAUGGGACGACUCUGAGGGAAAUAAUAGAAGAAGAGAAAGGAGAUCUUCAUUUAGGGUUAGAAGAGUGUCAACUUCAUCAAAUACUUCAAAUUUUUCUGAAAAUAAUGAGAAUGUUGACCCAGAGAUUUUAAAUCCUGUUGAAGAUGAACAAGAAAAUUCAAAUAAUGAACCAUAUAGUACAAGAGAUAUAAACGCUACAAUCGAAAGUCAAAUAGGGAGGAACAGCAAUAAUAACAUUUUCAUUGAAGAUGAUAUUUAUGGUAUAGACAGUAGCCUAUAUAUUGUAAGAAACGGCCUCCAAUCCCCAUCACCUUUUGCCAGAAGACCAGGAAAUUCUUACUUAAAUUCACAGAGCAAUAAUUCAUCAAGAGAGACUAUUAUAGAAUAUUCAAGCAUUGAGUUCAUGGAGGAAAAUAAUAUUUCUGGUUUGGAUUGGCUCGAAGAUGUAGAAGGAAGUUCUUUGGUAAUCGGAACUGACUAUGGUAUAAUGAAAUGGAACAUAAAUUCCUGGGCCAGAAGGAGUUUUGCGAGUUACGAUUUCUGUUAA